UUAAUGUCUAUGCUCAUCAUACGAGCGACUGACUGACUGAGGGCUCAUCCUGGUGUGAACACUGUGUUACAACUGAGGCAGAUUCAGGAUGAAGUGUUCCCAGCUAUUUUGUUUGAGGGCCAAUUACUUGCUCUUUUGUCUGGGACUACUACUGCACUGUGGAGAGGCAAAAGUGCACACAGAAGUGCAGGCUGGGCCUCUGUAUCGAGUGGUGGGCUCUUUACUCUCCAUCUCUUGCAAUGUGAGUGGCUUUGCCAGUGCCAGUAUUACUAAAGAAAUUAAAUUCCUUGUGAAGAAGCCUUCAAAAACAUUGGAACUCAACAUCAUCAGCUCCGGAGACCCAUCUUUCAGCUAUUCGGCAUAUAAAACCCGUGUGAGAAGCAAUGAAAUUACUCUGACACAUGUGGAUCCAAACUCAGUAGUCUUUGAGAUAAAACAACUAGAGAAAGAUGAUGAAGGGGAAUAUGAAUGUACUGUAGUCAACCAUGAAUCGAUUUAUGAUGGAACAUACAGUGCUAAGACAACAGUGAAAGUGAUUGACAACUCCCUUAGUGUUUCAUCACCUGCCUCCCCCACCUCACUGAGCUAUAAUGAGGAUGAUGCUCUCACUUUAACAUGCCAGGCAUCCAGCAACACCAUCCAGCACACCCAUCUGUCUCUUGCCUGGUAUCUCCAUAAAGACAGUGAGGAUCCUAAGCCUAUCAUUUCUCUAGGUAGAGAUUUCACUCUGAGCCCAGGUUCAGGUUUUGAAGGGCGUUACCAAGCUGGACACAUAAGGUUAGAUAAAAUGGGGGAGACCACAUACAAGCUAAAUAUGGCUCAGCUUGAGCUGUCAGACCAAGGCAGGAUCUACUGCCAAACUCAGGAGUGGAUUCAAGAUCCUGACCAAUCCUGGUACUCCAUUUCACAGAAAAAUGCAGAGAAAACUACAUUGAAUGUCAAAGCCAGAGAAGUCCUGCAAGACACGUCAACUCUGGCGGUGAGAAUUUCUGCACAGGCGGUAACCUUGCAGGAGGGGCAAGAGCUGUCACUGUCCUGCAAUGUAGACACGCAGAACCUGAAGGAAAGGUUCUUCUCUGUAGCCUGGCUUAGGGGAAAUGUUGAGGUGGUCCGCAUUGGCCCUACAGGCAUUCAGGCUGUGGGGCCCCAGUACAGUGGGCGAGUAAAAGAAGGAGAGCUCAGAGCAGCUCGGAUAGGGGACAGAGAUUACCGUCUCAUAUUGCAGGCUGUCAGAACUGAGGACCAAGGACAGUAUAUCUGCAGAGCAUGGCUCCAAAACAGAGGUCAGGAUGGUACCUUUACACAGGGAGCUCCUCAGGACUCCAGCUCUCAGGAGAUCAGCAUCUUAGCCACAGAAAGUGGGCUCUCAGUUGAAAUGCAAAACACUGUGGGUGUUAAAGAAGGUUAUGGGCUGAGCCUCACCUGUAAAGUGCAUGGGGUCAUAGGUCAACUCUCUGUCACCUGGCAGCGCAAAUUGACAUCAACAUCAGCAGCCAUGUUCACCAAAGUAAUUAGUCUAAGUCAGGAGGGCGUUGUGGAAAAAGCAGGAGAGUUCAUGAGUCGCAAAGUAAAGGCAACGCGUCCUGCGGCUGACAUCUUCAUCCUUGAGCUUGAUGAGGUCAGAUCUUCUGAUGCAGGAGUCUACGAGUGUGCUGUGUCUGAGUGGAAAAGCAACAGCAAAACCAGCAGCCAUUCACAGACAACCAAUUUGACGGUGGCUCCUUCAGAAUCGUUUCUGAAAGUGUCACUGAUAAGUCGCCAAAACAAAGUGACUGUGGGAGACAAUUUGGAGUUACUGUGCGUGGUCAAAGGGCCACGUGUACCAAUUACACUGAAUUGGAGCCUGAAGCGUGAUGCCUCAAGCCUAGAUAACAUCCUGACACUGAACUAUGAUGGUGCCAUCAGCUGGUUUGGAGACCAGCACCGCUACCAGCUGAAAGUAGUGAACCAACAUAAUUCAGUCUUUCACUAUCUGUUCAUCAACGGUGUGAGCCACAGUGAGGUGGGGCUCUACCAAUGUAGAGUUUCUGUCUUCCUGGAUAAUGUACUCAAGACGCUGCCUCUAUCCAACCUGGUGGCUAUUUCGGUGUUGAACCCAGAGAGCAAACUUGAUCUGGAUCCAACCCGUGCCUUGACAAGAAACAUCAACACUGACAUCGAAAUGAAAUGUUCAGUCAAAGCAAAAACCUCUGCUUCCACUCGCUAUGCUAUCACCUGGCUGCUGCAGCAACAAGCAGAAAGUAAGGUUAUUGUGAGAUCAGACAGGGAUGAUCUAGUUACAUUCGGACCCCAUGUACAACUGAGCCACAAACAGCGAAUCAGCCUGAAGCGCACUCAAGGCCCCAGUUUUGAGUUGAGUAUUCGGCAAGCUCGAAUCUCAGACAAUGGUUCAUACGUAUGUGAGGUGGUGGAGUGGCUUCAAGGUCCUAAUGGUGACUGGUAUCAGCUCUCACCAGUUUCCAGAACUACAGAGCUCACAGUUAUUGAGCCUGCUAAUGACCUUCAUUUAGAAAAGAAAGAGCAGCGCUUGACUGCCAGGGAGGGAGACGAGGUGGAACUGGAGUGUAACAUCAUCUCAGGUGCAUCCAGUCCAUUUUUUUUCUACAAAGUCACUUGGCUGUACAUCAGAUAUGGUUCAUCGGUUCGGAGCGCCCUGGUUGUGCUUGAUCACACAGGCCUGCUGAGUUACCCAAAGAACCAGGAGCUCAGAGGACUGCAGGGACGGCUUCAUUUUUCCAGACCCACCCAGAGCAGCUUUUAUCUGGGAAUAAAAAGUGCCCAUGAGGAGGAUAAUGGUACCUACCAGUGCCAGGUGGAGCAAUACCAGCUGGUUCAGCUGGUAACUGGUAAGGAAGGUAACUGGCAGCAAACGGCCUCUGACAGCGCUGGCCCCAUCUCGCUGACUGUAAAUGUUGCAGAAAAUAACCUGUCCGUUGAGGCGGAAGAACUGGAGUUGAAUAGGACCAGAUCCCAGGACUUCACUAUCCCUUGUUAUAUCACCAAACAAUCCAGCAAUGAAUCUGAGUUCCAGGUCACGUGGUUUUGGCAGAAAAAGUCUGAAACUGAACAACACCCAAUAUUCACAACAUACCGCAACUCCACCUUACAAGACAGGCUUGGGAAGCAAGACAAGCUUAAAUUUGGCCACCCUUUGCCCAAACAAUUCAGCCUUACAGUCUCAAAGAUAAACCCUGAAGAUAGUGGCCUGUAUUUCUGUGAGGUAGAAGAGUGGCUCCUAUCUCUUUCUCUUGGGUGGAGAAAGGUUGCCGUGGAAAAGUCAGGAUAUUUGACUGUUAAUGUCUAUGAAGGAGGACUCGCUAAAGCCGUUUCCGAGCCAGAAUGCAAGUCUGGUACCUGGAUGGGGAUAUUCAUAGUUACUAUCAUCUGCUCAGUGUUGGUCAUAGUCCUACUGGUGCUGAAGAUAUGCUGGAGAAAGGACUCAGGAGGAAAUAAAUUGGGCCAAAAUCUGUGGGUCGAGCAACACCCUCUUAACACCAAACCCAUUGCAGAGGAUUGAAGCUCAUAGAUCAAGGAGAAAAAUAGAGAAAAACGGAUGCACUGAUAUACUUAUGUUAUGUAAUAUAUGCAAUGUUUUAUAACUCAAACAUUUUCACUGUAUUUGCAUUUUUUAUUAUGUUGUAUUCAAUAAUUGUUGAUUAAAUAAUUAUUUUGAUAAUAGUCAAUACACAUUUUUUAAAAUGUUCUUACUGCCUUUAUAAAUUCUUGAAUGUGUUCAUGAAAAUUAAUAAGGCACUUUUCCUUUAGCAGCUAAAACAUCUUUGCAUAAUCACCAGCUUCUUACUGCCUGCAAUGGACACUUGAGCUAGGCAGGAGAUCAACUUUGUGGCUUUACACCUACAAAGCCACAUUCAGGCAGCUUGGUACUCUGUCUUUGAUGGGGGGGAAGUCAAAGCAUAGCAUGUCUAAGGGAGCAGCUAAGUAGCCAAAAUAUGUUUUUUUUCUGAAAGCAUGACGGGUGUUGACUCACUCAAACAGGACUGAUUUGUGGUUCUGCAAAUGCACAAGUUGCCUCUGUGAUCUGAAAAACAGCUGAAUUGCGGGUCUGACAGGAUUUGGGUAGAAAAGGUCACAGUUUGUGGUUAUAUCAGAAGCACAGUACUAUUCAUACAAUUGAAGUACAGAUCUGCCAUACAACAUUUACAUGUGAUUCUGCAUAGAUGAGAUGUGGAAGUUGUGUAUUGUGAGUGUGUUUAAGGAGUCUGCGCCUACUGAAUAUGUGUUUGUGUCCAUAGAGUCUGUGCAAACAUAGCGUUUAUUUGUUUUUGUUUAUUUUGGCUGUACUCAAUCACAUUGGAUUUGGAAUUAAACAUUUACUAUGAGAUUAAAAGUCUGACUUUCAAGAA